UUCACUACAUUGUUUUACUCAUAUUUUUCGCAAGUUUCAAAAGUGCAGAGUACAAGUUAAAUUUUCAAAAUAAUUUUAGAUAUAACUAUUACACUUAUAAUUUUGUGAUUAAAAUGGUUGAAAGAAACGUGUACGUCCCGAGAGUUAAUCAGAUUGAUGCGAUUCAUUUAAAUAAAGAUAUUACACGACUAAUUCGCGAUAAUUUACUAGAAAACUUGCAAGCUAUUUCACCUGCUUUAUUUGCGAAGGUACAACCGGAAUUGGACUUACUUGUUCAGUCAGCAAUUUGGUUCGGCUCGAUUGGUAAACAAGGCUCAACAUUUGGUCAACAAUUGCUUGUUCUUUCCUAUGAUUCAGAACGUCUAACUUUAUCCCGACUAUGUCUACAUUUUGCAUUAACGAUUAUUCCAAGCUAUUUAAGAAAUUUGGACGAACGCCGUUUAACUGUACAUUAUGAAUGGUUACAUAAAGCAAUUGAAUGGGGAGAAAAUACGGCUCUUUUAUGUUCUGUAUUAAAUUUCUUUCGCUUCUUGAAGACAGGUCGCAAGCCGACUAUAGUUGACUUUUUACUUGACUUAGAUUAUAUAAGUUUACGGCAUAAUCAAAGGCGUGACAUAGGCUACAAGUACCUCACACGUGAAUUAUUGUGGGGUGGUUUUAUGGAAAUAUUGGGACUCUUGCUCCCCGUAAUUAACUUUAGAAAAAUUUCAAGAUUUUUAAACAAUACUAUUAAAAGUAUGUAUGUUAAUACAAGAGAGGACAGACGUAUGGCUAACAAUGAGGAAAAAGUUGUGUUGAAUUCGAAUACUAUUUGCAGUUAUUGUGAAGAAAGACCAACGAUACCACAUCACAUGAGUUGCGGUCAUAUCUACUGUUAUUAUUGUUUAGCUGCCAAUAUUUCUACUGAUGCCAGUUUCAGUUGCACGAAAUGUGGCACAAGUUCUACGAAUGAUAUUCAUGUGUUGUAGUCAAAUUUAUUUUUAAUUACUUGAAAUGAAAGACGUUAAUAAGGAAUUAAGUGAACACAUUCCUCAUAGCAGGCAAAACAUGUAUAUACUUAGAUUUUAUAUACGUUUAUGUGUGUAGCUUUGGUAUAAAAUAUCUAUUAAGUUAAACCACUAGGAGCCUGUUUCGGAAUUUUUGAUGUCUUCAAAAAAUAAAAUAAGCUCUUACCUUUGUUUUUGGUUUUUUUUUUUAUAAAUCGGAAUAAAAAAUCUCUGGGGAUGGAAUUUAUUCGUGUUCAAGCACAAAUAAAUAUCAAAUAUUUUUUAAAAGUGAGUUAACUAAGGGUUACUUUCAUAAUUAGUAGAUUAUAUUAACAUAUACGAUUUCUGUUCGCUUGUAUAUGCAAAAUUAACAUAUUUAAAACGAUCAGUGAAUCUUACCACUCGUUUUAAGAUCCUUUUAAGAUGUCAAAUGUAUUGAUUACGGUACAUAUUUUAGAUUCAGAAAAAUACUAAUCAGUUUAUGUUACUAUGUGAAACUAAAUAUAUGUAUGUAUAAUUUACGACUCAACACUUAUAACCAAUUCAAUUCAACACUCAUAAUCAUUUUUUAUUAAUCAUUAAUUAUUUGACAGUUAAAUAUUCAUAAACAUAACAGUUGAGAGCUGUUGCACCUGCAAUAUAUUAAGUAGGGCAUAUAUGUAUAUACAUAUGUAGUUUCUAUUUCUAACUGCACAAAUACUCUAAAUCAUUGGGAUUUUUUAACUACCAAUGUUGACAUAUACAAUUACACUGGAAUAAAGUGAUUAAAAAUUU